AUGGCCGAAGAACUGCAGAAGAAGAAAUCGAACAUCAUCGAUUCGCUGGCGUUGUUGGAGCGAUACGUCAAGGAGUAUGAAGCAGAACCGAAGCAAGUUGGGCUAGUGGAGGCGUGGGCGAAGCGGUUGGAGAAGCUGUACGACCAGUACCACGAAAUCGCAGUGCAGUUGGAGCUGCUAUCAACCGAAGAUCACCCUAUCGACCUGAAGCAAGAGCGGAUGAAAGUGGAUGGAAAAUACUACGCGCUCUCUGCCUUCUGUCUGAGUAAGUUGUCCAAAUCUUCUACUUCCUCUGCUAGCAAACAGGCUCCGUCAGGUCAGUCUUUGCGAGUUAAGCUACCUGAGCUAAAUCUGCCGAAGUUCAGCGGAAAACUCGAAGACUGGUGCGUUUUCCGGGAUUCCUUCGAGUCAGCGAUCGGCAGCCGGACUGAUAUAAGCGCUGUAGAGAAAUUGCAGUACCUGAAGGGAGUCGUACAGGGAGAAGCGGCUCGUAUUUUGGAUCCGAUCAAGAUAAGCGAGCAGGGAUAUAAGGAUGCUUGGAGAACUCUUCGGCUUCGCUUCGAGAACAAGCGGCAGUUGGUCAAAUGCCACAUAAAGACCCUCUUCGAUACCCCGGCGAUGAAGCGCGAAUCCGCAGAGGAGCUGCUAGCACUCGUGGACCGAUUUGAGCAGCAACUUUCGGUGCUGAAAAGCUUGGGUGAACCGGCAGACAAAUGGAGUUCUCUGUUGGUUUAUCAACUGUCCAUCCGUCUCGAUCAACACACGCAUCGGGAGUGGGAGAGCUAUUGCACCAAGCUCGAUUCAGAGAACAUCGCCUCCGUCCUGGGUGGAAUCACUAAUAAAACCGACGAUUCCACCGGAGAAGAAACAACCACCAUGCCUUCGUACGUCAAAAUGGUCAACUUCUUGCAAAACUACGCUCGAGUGUUGAUCACAGUUUCCCCAGCCACACCACCACCACCGCCCCCGCCCCGCUUCAAAUCCAAGACGUCGAAGCCUGUUGCAUUCCCUGCAGCAGCAUCAACAGCAUCGUCUAGCAGUUCAUCCGCUUCAGCUUCCGCCGUCGGGAAACCGACUCCGCCGUGCGAGAAGUGCGGCCAGGAUCACUACCUCUACCACUGUCCGGACUUCCGGAAACUCAACGUGAGUCAGCGAACAGAUUUGGUAAGACAGAAACACCUCUGCAUGAAUUGCUUGCGAUCAAGUUCCCACUUUGCCCGGAAUUGCUCCGGCCAGCGAUGCCGGGUGUGUUCCAAGAAGCAUCACACACUGCUUCACACUACUGUUGAUGCACAAUCCUCUUCUGGUGGUCAAACCUCCGGAUCUGCACAGCAAGGUUCCCAAGUGCCCCCUCAGUCGUCUUCGCAAACUCAGUCCGCUUCGCUUGCUUCCAUCCAACAGCAGCUCCCCUCUACCAGUACCACCAAUCAAGCUAAUGUUCAGAGCGCUUCCGGCACGCCUCAAUAUGCUCUCGUCACACAUUCCAAGGAGGUGUGUCCGGAAACCGUUUUUUUGCCUACCGCGCUCGUGAACAUCCGAGAUGGUAGGGGCCGUAUCAAGGUUGCACGUUGUUUGUUGGACUGUGCGUCUCAACGCAAUUUCAUUUCUGGAGCACUUUGCGAACGACUGCAGCUUCCUCGUACUCGUCUACCGCAAGCAAUCGCCAUUAGUGGAAUAGGGAACACGUCCGCCUCUGUCGAAUACCAAACCACCGUAACGCUGAUGUCUCGAGUUGCGCCGUUCUCGCUGAACAGUACCAUGUUGGUGCUCCCGUCUAUAACUGUGAAGCUGCCACAAUCUACGGUGGAUACUUGUCACUGGUCAAUCCCUCCACACAUCGAUCUCGCCGACCCCACCUUCGCGGUAUCCGGCAACAUCGAUAUUAUUCUGGGCGCCGCACAUUUCUUCCAAAUUCUUCGUUACGGACGAAUAAAUCUCGGGGAUCAACUUCCGCUGCUGCAGAAUACGGAGUUCGGAUGGGUCAUAUCCGGAGAAUGCCUAUUGGAUGGUCACGAUCACGCGGAUCCUCGCUACUGUAGAUUCAGCAAUCCGUGUAUCAUCGAGGAGCUGGUCAACCGUUUUUGGCAGCUCGAAGAAGUCCAAGACAACCGAGGCUGGUCUCCGUCCGAACGGUUCUGCGAGGAACACUUCGUCCAGAAUACCACGAGAAACGCAGAAGGUCGCUACGUCGUGAAGCUACCCAAGCGUGAAGAACUCCUCAUGCAGCUGAAGGACAACCGGUACAACGCAACCCGUCGUUUCUAUUCCCUUGAACGGUCGUUGGAGGCAAACCCAGAGAAGAAGCGAAUGUACCACCAGUUUAUCGAAGAGUACGUGAGGCUUCAUCAUAUGCGGGAGAUCGGCCCUGAUGAAGCAGAUGACCAGCCACAAUACUUCCUGCCGCACCAUGCCGUCAUGAAGCUUGACAGUUCCACAACCAAGCUCCGUACCGUUUUCGACGCUUCGUGCCGCUCAAAGUCAGGGCUUUCGUUGAAUGACGUUCUACUUCCUGGUCCUACCAUUCAGGACUCCCUGGUCAAGAUCAUCAUGCGCUUCAGGUUCCACCAGUUCGUUGUCUCUGCCGACAUCGAGAAGAUGUUCCGGCAAAUCCUGGUUCACCCAUCGGACCAGCCGUUGCAGCGAAUCGUAUGGCGCGAUGAUCCCGAUUCUCCAUUGAAGACGUUCCAGCUGUGCACCGUCACAUACGGCACCAACAGCGCACCGUUCCUAUCGACCAGGGUGCUCCAGAAGCUUGCAGACGAUGAAGAAGCACAAUUUCCACUGGCCGCUCCAUUCCUCCGUGAUGACUUCUACGUCGACAAUCUCCUUUCUGGUUCGAAUGACGAAAGCUCUCUCGCCGUGACCUGUGAACAGCUCAUCACAAUGCUCGCUUCAGCAGGUAUUACUCUCCGUCAAUGGUCGUCAAACAGUCAAGCCGUUCUCGACACCAUCCCGCCGGAGCUCCGAGAGACUAACACACUCCGAGAUCUGGACCACGACGCUUCUGUAACCACACUUGGUCUGCGAUGGGAACCGUCAACCGACUUCCUACUAUUCAAGCCACCGCACUGGGUUGAAUUCCCGGUGUUAAGCAAACGAGCACUGGCGUCGCAGAUCAGCAGUCUGUUCGACCCGCUAGGAUUUGCAUGCCCGACGAUUGCGAAGGCGAAGAUGAAGCUCCAAACCCUUUGGAGACUACAACUCGAUUGGGAUUCACCCGUACCAGACGGGUUCGCACGCGACUGGGAAGAAUUCAAGCAGAAACUUUCCGGUUUCGAUUUACUCCGAAUCUCUCGACACGUUCUUCGUCCCAACUAUCGACGGCUGGAGCUUCAUGGGUUCAGCGAUGCUUCACAGCUGGGGUACGGAGCAUGCGUGUAUAUCCGUUCGACCCACGGCCAGGAACACCACACAGUUCGCCUACUCGUUGCAAAAUCUAAAGUCGCGCCAAUCAACAUUAAGACCAUCCCUCGCUUAGAGCUGUGUGCAGCUCUCCUCCUAUCGAAGCUACUGGGCCCAGUGCUGGAAAAUUUUCGCUAUGACGCUCAAAUCGUUCUUUGGACGGAUUCGACAAUCGUCCUGAACUGGAUCUCCGGACUCCCGCUCACGUGGGCUCCUUUCGUUGCCAACAGAGUGGCCGAAAUUCAAGAGCUGACCAGUCAAGCGACCUGGAAUCACGUACCGUCUCAAGACAAUCCAGCAGACCUUAUCUCGCGAGGAAUGGACCUCGAUGAGCUCACAGAGAGUGAACUGUGGUGGCAUGGACCGCAGUGGCUGCAUUCCAACCAGCAUCAAUGGCCAGCGAAAUAUGUUCCCAAGGCGAACAUCGACGACGAAAGAAGGCGAGUGGUUGCCCUACCGGCAAUCGAAGAAGUUCACGAAGAUCUGAUCUUCCGAUACUCCAGUCUGCGACAUCUACUCCGCAUCGGCUCUCUGCUCCGUCGGUUCUGUGAGAACUGUGUACGCCGCAAACACAAUCACCCUUUAGUGACUGGACCACUCUCUCCACAAGAAAUCGACCGCACUCUUCUCGACCUUCUCCGUCGAGUUCAACGGCAACACUUCAAGGAAGAAUACCGUCUGCUCAGCUCUGGUCGACCAGUCAGUCACCGGUCGAAACUUCGUUUUCUCAACCCGGAGAUCGUGGAUGGUAUAAUUCGAGUUGGCGGCCGGCUCCACAAUGCUAGCAUACCGGUUGACGAGAAGCACCCCAUCGUUUUGCCGAAUAAGCAUCGCUUGACUGAGAUGAUCGCCAGAAGAGAACACGUCAAGACACUUCACGCCGGUCCUAGUUUGCUACUUUCGACACUACGUCAGCGAUACUGGCCUCUUGGCGGCCGGAAUCUAGUGCGCAGCAUCGUCAACCAUUGCAUGACCUGCGCGCGAACGAAACCCAGGAACCUGGAGCAGUUGAUGGGAAAUUUGCCCCGAGUUCGGGUCAACCAGGCGCACCCAUUCGAGAAUGUUGGAGUAGAUCUCGCUGGCCCAAUCUACGUUCGCAGCACACUACGGAACACUCGUAACCCGUUCAUCAAGGCGUACAUAGUCGUUUACGUCUGUCUGGCAACGAAGGCAGUCCACCUAGAUCUGGUCACAGAUCUGACGAGCGAAGCGUUUAUAGCCAGUCUCCGGCGAUUCAGCGGACGGAGAGGAAUUCCCGCUCAUAUCUACUGUGACAACGGGACCAACUUCGUUGGAGCACACAGGGAGCUGAAAGAGCUCCGAAAACUUUUUGAGUCGCAGCAGCAUCAGGAAGCGGUAGCGAAGGCAUGCGCGGAUGAUAGAAGUCACUUCCAUUUCAUUCCGCCGCGGUCGCCGACAUUCGGCGGCAUUUGGGAAGCCUGCGUCAAGUCUGUGAAGCAACUACUACGCCGAAUCCUUGGAAAUGCUCACCUGACCGAGACAGAAUUACAAACCGCGCUGAUCCAGAUUGAGGCUCAACUAAAUUCGCGUCCAAUAACACCGUUGCCAGCCAGUCCGGCAGACGAAAUGGUCCUCACUCCCGGUCAUUUUUUGAUUGGGCGGCCGCUGAACGCAGUUCCUGAUCCAGAUAUACGAAACAUUCCGGAAAACCGACUGUCCCGUUGGCAACGUGUUCAGCAGCUUACGCAGCACUUCUGGAACCGCUGGCACAGGGAAUAUCUGGCAACACUCCAAAAUCGAUAUCGAUGGACCUCGGAACUGGACAAUCUUGUCGUCGGUUCAGUCGUCGCCCUGAUGGAUGAACGAUAUCCACCGCAGAAAUGGCUUCUGGGACGAGUUCUCAGCGUUCAUCCCGGCGCGGAUGGCCUAGUUCGGGUAGCGACCGUCAAGACAGCUUCCGGAGUCACUCAACGAGCCAUCGGGAAACUUUGUUUACUGCCGGUGGAAAUCGAUCCGGCCAGUGUGUCGUCGUACCCAACUCAAGCAAACAACACUGUGUCGCCAGUCGAGCAUUCCGUCAGUCGAGAGGACUCCUGGCCCAAGCUCGGGGGAAUCGAGCGUGUUCCGGGAGCAUCUGUAAAGAGGAACGAAGCCUUCCGUUGGGUCCUUGGACCCAACGGACUGGACUUCGCCCUAGGCAAGUACCAGUUCGUUCCCUUUCCAUCCAGAAUUUCAGCCGUUCGUACCUUCCAGAAUCGCCCAGCUUCCAGAUCCAUCCAACAAGCCCCCAAACCUUGUCCAUUGCCGGCACAGGUCGAUCCGGCUAACGUGUCCUCGUGUCCAACACAAUCAAGCUACAGCAGUCCGUCAGUCGAGAGGACUCCUGGCCCAAGCUCGGGGGAAUCGAGCGUGUUCCGGGAGCAUCUGUAA